AUGACCGUCUCCUUCACAGUCCUGCUCUGUCUGGGGCUGACUCUGGGCCUCAGGACCACAGUGCUGGCAGGAACUCUCCCUAAGCCUAUCCUCACAGUACAGCCAGACUCUGUGGUGUCAGAGCAGACUACAGUGACCUUCUUGUGUGAGGAAACCGUGGGAGCCCAAGGAUACCGUCUGUAUAAACUCGAAUAUUACUGGGACAAAGAAAUUCCACCAAAUCCUAACAACAAGGCUGAAUUCACAAUCUCAAAAAUAGGCCCAACGGAAGCAGGGCAAUAUUUCUGUCAAUAUCGGAUUGGUAAAAAAUGGUCAGAGUACAGUGACUCCCUGGAGCUGGUGGUGACAGGGGUCUACAGUAAACCCAGCCUGUCAGCCCAUCCCAGCCCUGUGGUGACUGAAGAAGGGAAUGUCACCCUCCAGUGUGUCUCAACGCAACCAUAUCACAAGUUAAUUCUGACCAAGGAAGGGACAAAGAAGCACUCCUGGACACUGGACUCAGAGUAUGACCACACUACUCGGCAGUACCAGGCCCUGUUUGUUGUGGGUCCUGUGUCCUCCAGCCAAAGGUGGACAUUCAGAUGCUACAGCUUUGAGAGUAACAGACAACUUGUGUGGUCAGAACCUAGUGACCCCCUGGAGCUGCUGUUCUCAGGGACCCUCCACAAACCCACCAUCAAGGCUGAGCCAAGCCCUGUGUUUGCCUCAGGAAGCCCCAUGAACAUCUCUUGCCAGGGGACCCUGGAUGCAGUAAUGUGUUUUCUGCAUAAAGAGGGAAGCCAAAAACCCUUGGGUACACAGACCCCAAAGGAGCCUGAGAUCAAGUCCAUAUUCUCCAUUUCUUCUGUAACAGAAGACACUGGGGGACAAUAUCGCUGUUACUGUUACAACUCAGCUGGCUGGUCAGAGCCCAGUGACACCCUGGAACUGGUGGUGACAGGAAUCUAUGACAGUAAACUCCGUCUGUCAGCUCGGCCCAGCCCUGUGGUGACCUCAGGAGGGAACAUGACUCUCCAGUGUGUCUCAUGGGUGUUCUAUCACAAGUUCAUCCUCACCAAGGAAGAUCAGAAGUUCUCCAGCUCCCUGAACUCACAGUAUAUAAACAGUAUUAAGCAGUACCAAGCCUUAUUCUCUAUAGAUCAUGUAACAGCAGACCACAGAGGGACAUUCCGAUGCUAUGGUUACUACAACCAAACCCCACAGCUGUGGUCAGCACCCAGUGAGCCCCUGGAAAUACACAUCUCAGGGGUCUACAGUAAACCCAGCCUGUCAGCCCAUCCCAGCCCUGUGGUGACUGAAGAAGGGAAUGUCACCCUCCAGUGUGUCUCAAGGAAACCAUAUCACAAGUUAAUUCUGACCAAGGAAGGGACAAAGAAGCACUCCUGGAUACUGGACUCAGAGUAUGACCACUCUACUCGGCAGUACCAGGCCCUGUUUGUUGUGGGUCCUGUGACCUCCAGCCAAAAGUGGACAUUCAGAUGCUACAGCUUUGACCGUAAUAGACAACUUGUGUGGUCAGAACCUAGUGACCCCCUGGAGCUCCUGGUCUCAGGUGAGAAAAUCCAGCUUUCCCUAGAAUCAUGCUGA